UUCUUUUAAUCCCAAUAUAAGUAAACUCCUCCUCACAUUCAUCACAGUAUUCAAGGAGGGACCAGGACCAUGAAGAACCUCACUUUGCCCGAAUCCGUGGCCGGAAAACCACCCCAAUUGGCCGGAGAUUGCUGGUUCGACGAUGCAUGCAUCUUAGACAUGGAUUACUUCGUCAAAACCGUGGCUGGCAUCAAAGCCAAAGGGGUCCGUCCUGAUCUCAUUGGCUCAAUCAUCGCCCACUACGCCUCCAAAUGGCUACCCGACCUCUCCGAUGACUCCGACUCCGUUCAAGAAUCCCCGGAGAGCGUUACAGCGUCUUGGAUGAAAAAAAGAUUCUUUGUCGAGACUCUGACGGGAAUUCUCCCACCGGAGAGGGAUUCCAUUCCCUGCAACUUCCUGCUGCGGCUCCUGAGAACUGCAAACAUGGUGGGUGUGGAGCCGAGUUACAGGGCGGAGUUGGAGAAGAGGAUUUCAUGGCAGCUGGACCAGGCUUCUUUGAAGGAGCUGAUGAUACCGUCGUUUAGCCACACUAGCAGUACAUUGCUUGAUGUGGAGCUUGUUGCAAGGCUGGUGAAAAGGUUUGUGGGGUUAGAUGAGGGGAUUAAUAAAACUGGUGCUGCUCUGGUUAAGGUGGCCAAGCUUGUGGAUUCUUACUUAGCAGAAGCUGCUCUGGAUUUUAAUAUGAGUUUGUCUGAGUUUAUAGAGCUUGCUGGAGCUCUUCCUAGCUAUGCUCGUGCCACCGAUGAUGCUCUUUAUCGUGCCAUUGAUACUUAUCUCAAAGCACACCCAGGUGUGUCGAAGCAUGAAAGAAAAAAUCUGAGCAGACUGAUUGACAGCAGAAAACUAUCCCCAGAAGCAUCACUCCACGCCGCACAAAACGAACGUCUACCAGUCCGAGCCGUGAUCCAAGUCUUGUUUUCUGAGCAAAACCGGGCGAACCGUCACAUAGACUGGAGCGGUUCAUUCAGUGGAACCAGAAGCCCAAACCCAAUGCUGGAACCUCCAGGUCGAUGUAUGUCGAAGCGAGAAAUAAACGCGACACAAGUGGAGGUGAAGAAGCUAAGAGAAGACGUGAUGAGGCUGCAAAACCAGUUGAGCUUGCUGCAAAUGCAACUGGAACGAGUGGCGGAGAAGAAGAAAAGUUUUUUCAAGUGGAAAAAUCUGGGGUUGAAGACGACGUCCUCUAGGCUUGAGAAGAUUAAUGAAGAGGUAAUUAAAGGUGAAGAGGUUGCAUUUGGUCGAGAAACUCCCAUGGCCAUGGAUGGGAAAUCCAAGCUAGCUCGUGGCAGAACUCCUCCCAAGUGGAGGAAAUCCACGUCUUGAUUGCUUAACAAUUUCACUAAUUAAAUCAUUUUCUACUUAUUAAUAAAUAAAUAAUUUAAAUAUUUUAUUGUGCUAAUUUUGUAAUGUAAGUUAAAAAAAAAAUAAUUUUAUUUAAUAAAAGUACUCAUGAUAACGAUAAUUAUAU